AAACCAACCUCCUACCAGCCACCUUGACAAACGAGACGAAACUACUAGAUUGCUGAAUCGUCACCACCUACCUACCACCUACGAAACCUUGCUCUGGAAGCUCUCUUAUCGAACCGAAUUUAUUGAUAUUUACAAACCUGAACCUGCGAUCUGCGAUAUAGUACACUAUUUACUGGCGUCGCGUCGAACGACAGAGUCUAGAUCGAUAUCAUCUCCCGAGAGACAGAGAGAAAGAGAGAAACGAAGAGAAAGAGAAACGGAAAGGAGAAAGAAGAACAAAAUGGUCGCUACCACCAGCUCGUCGAUGGAGUCGGCCUCCCAGGUCAACAACCUCCCCACAACGCCCGCUGCCGCUGUUAUUUCUGAACAACCUAAACCAAAUACCAUGCUCCCCCUCCCUACCACCACCACGAACAACACCAACAACCUCAACCAACUCGACAUACAAGAAGAGCAGGAAAUGGGAGUGGGACUCCGAGGCGGCUGGAUGACCAUCGGCAAACACUUUAAUUGCUGUGGACUUAACUGCGGGUUCAGCAAGACUUUUUAGAGAGAUCUCCGUUGUUGUUCUUGUUGCUGCUGCUGCUUUGACGAAGGGUGUGAAAGGGGGGAUUAUUGGAAGGGAGAUUGGAAGUGGGAUGCGAGGAUGUGUGCGAUGCCGAUGGCGGGUGGGGUGUUUACUACUGCUGGGGGUAGGGAUGGGGGUGGGCUGAUUUGAGACGACGACGACAACGGUACGAUCAUGGAGGGCUAUGAUGGUACGAGUCCGGGAGGAUGGGGAUGGGGAUGGAGUUGCAAGAAGGAAAAUAAAGGAAAAGGAAUAGGGUGAAGGGACAAGAAAGGGCGAAGGAAAGGUGAAGGAAGGGUGAAGGCGAACUGAAGCGGAAGAACACAUGCCCGCGCUGCGCGUUGGGGCUUAAUGCAGUGACAUGACAUGGACGAACAAACCGAAUGCGACGAUGAAUAGGAGGACCGGAUCGCAACAACGGAGGAAAAGCCUUUGAUGAUGACAAUGGAUACUUUUCUUAUUGGUGCGGGCACGCGAUGGAUUAGGUUCUCUUUUCUUUCCAACUUUAUGCGGCGCGUUCUGGAUGGUUGGAUGAUGGAAGUUGAUAUACCUUAGGAAUAUGAUG